UGACUGUCGGGCUGUGUGUUAUUAUGUCCGCGAACCGGCGCCGUCUACACCCAGACACAGUGCAGCAAAAACAGGCGAGUGGCGCUCCGCACCGUCUCUACUCUAAUGAGCGCGCAGGAAGAACCAUGAGUCACCAAUAAAGGUCUGCAGGAUGUCUUUUAAGAAGGAAACACCCCUGGCUAAUGCUGUGUUUUGGGCAGCGAGGAAGGGGAACUUGGCUCUACUUCAGCUGCUGCUCAACAGCGGGCGCGUGGACUCGGACUGCAGAGACAGUUAUGGAACGACAGCGCUGAUGGUGGCGUCCUACAGCGGCCAUUUUGAAUGUGUCAAAGAACUUAUCAUGCAAGGAGCGGACAUCAACUACCAGAGAGAGACAGGUUCUACGGCCCUGUUCUUCGCCUCCCAGCAGGGACACAAUGACGUUGUGAAACUCCUCUUUGAAUUCGGUGCCUCCACUGAAUUCCAAACUAAGGAUGGCGGCACAGCUCUCACAGUCGCCUGUCAGUACGGACACUCCAAGGUGGUGAGCACCCUGUUGAAGCAUGGAGCCAAUGUUCACGACCAGCUGAAUGACGGUGCCACUCCUCUGUUUCUCGCUGCCCAGGAGGGCCAUGUGAACGUGAUUCGUCAGCUGUUGUCAUGUGGUGCCAAGGUUAACCAAGCGAGGGAGGACGGCACUGCCGCCCUGUGGAUGGCAGCCCAGAUGGGUCACAGUGAGGUGGUGAGGGUGCUACUCUUACGUGGUGCAGAUCGGGAUGCUGACAGACACGAUGGAUCAACAGCGUUAUUCAAAGCUGCUUUUAAGGGACACAACAGCGUCAUCGAGGAACUUCUCAAGUUUUCUCCUUCAGUUGGCCUUCUCAAGAACGGCUCUACUGCCCUACAUGCUGCUGUUAUGGGUGGAAAUAUCCGAACUGUUCUGCUGCUGCUUAGAGCCAACGCAGACCCUACACUACCCAACAAGAAUAAUGAACUCCCUGCAGAUCUUACAAAGAGCGAUCGCAUCCUAAAGGUGUUACAUCCAUCCAAAUCCAUCUUAAGUGGAGACAGCUGAUGACCACCCAGACUCCUACCUUCAUGCCUGGCUGUACCACACUGAUGAAGUGUACUGAGAGGAACAUAACACAGUGACAAAUCUACUCAACUACCACAUAUACUGUACAUGGUGCUUGCUUUUGAUUGCGACUGGAAUUAAGUCAUAUGUUGAAUAAACCUGGACUAAAUACAGAGCAACUCAAUGCGCAACCAAAAUGCAUUUGUCUGCCAUGUGCAUCAUCUCCUUUACUCUGUUGGUAUACAGCAUGUGCAUUUAUUUUUGUUCACCCCAGGUGUUGUAAGAUUUCUAGAUAUUUUGCACACUUUUUAUUUGC